GGUGGGUUUGAACUGCUGACCCUUUAGUUAGCAGCCAAGUGCUUUAACCAUUGUGCCACCAGGGCUCCUCUUUUAUUAUCAGAAGUAACUGAAAUAUUUUUGUGUGUUUUGGUGGUAAAUGCUUUCUUUGACUUAAGAUAGUAAGCUGUGUGUGCAGGGCAUCCUGACAGAAAUGCUGGAAGGCUCAGGCCACCCUGCUGAGUACGACCUGUUUGUGUUCUGAGGAGAUCAGUCUCAUAGGGAAUCAACUGUGACACUUAGUACUUUGUAACUUCCUCUUUUAAGAUGAUUAGAGAUUCACAAGAGGGUGCCCAGAAAUGUGUGGGGAGGCCCCGAGCAGGUCCCCGUGCCUGCCUCCCCCAGUGUUGGCCUCUCACAGAACAUGGGGUACAGCUUGCCCUGGGGUGUAUGUGCAGGUCUUCGCAGUUAGAGCACAGGUAUGGCUCCACGGCACCACCACAGUCAGAUACAGAACUGUCCCUCCGGCACAAAGGUCUCCCUUCAUCCCUGGCCCCUGGCAACCACGGAUCUGUCUCCGCCUCUGUCAUUUGGAGAGUGUUGUGGACGCGGAGUCAUGUCUGUAACCCGCUGGAGACUGACUCUCACUCAGCAUGGUUCCCUUGAGACCCGCCCACACUGCUGUGUAUCAGUCAUUCAUCCCCUUUUUUGCUGAGCGUGUGUUCACUAGGCACACACCGAAGGAAGGCUGAUCUGGGUAGUUUCCAGUCUGGGGCUGUUAGGAAUAGAGAGCUGCUGUGACAUCCGUGCACACGACUUUGGGAGGCCGGGAGAGGUGAGCCCUGUGACAGAGGCGAGUCUAGAGAGGAGGGGCCUUUGUCUGUGUCUGAGGGUGGGGCUGGCGGGAGGUGAGCGUUGGAGGAGGCUGGGGAGGGUCCGGGCAGCCGGAUGGUGCUCUCUUCCCUGCAGACCUUUCUCCUCCUGGUGCCCCGGGCCGAGUGUGGGUUGCAUCCCUCUGCCCCCAGUUCUGAAGCAGCUCUCGGAAACACACCGUCCAGCAGCCAGCUGCAGUCUAGUGGUAAUUUGGAUAUUGAAAAGAUUCCAAUUUUAUGAAUAAAAAUUGUAGCUGUAUUUCAAACAUGAAAGGAGAGAAGCUUAAUGCAUUGCUGCUUUACUUUUUCCUUUCUGUUCUAGAAGGAUCCCUGGUGGUGCAGUGGUUAAGAACUUGGCUGCUAACCAAAAGAAAGGUGCUCCUUGGGCGGCUUGAAGUGGGGCCAACUCUGCCGGCUAGUGGGGCCGAGUCGACUCCUGUAGUUCCUCAGCCUCACGCCAGGUGGCGCAGCAGGACACAAUGUUUGCACGAGGACUAAAGAGAAAGUGUUUUGACCACGAGGAAGAGGGGGACGGGCCCCUGGCCGGCUUUCGGGCCGUCCCCUCCUAUGACCUGCAGCGGCAGUCACUGCUGGACAUGUCCCUGGUGAAGCUGCAGCUGUGCCACAUGCUGGUGGAGCCGAACCUCUGCCGCUCAGUCCUCAUUGCCAACACCGUGCGGCAGAUCCAGGAGGAGAUGACCCAGGACGGGACUUGGCGCAUGGCGGCCCCGCAGGGCGGAGGUCCGGCGCCGCUCGACCGCCUCGUCUCCACGGAUGUCCUGUGCCGAUCGGCGCGGGAGCAGGAGCAGGGGCAGCCUGGUCCUGAGGAUGGCAGCUUCCCUAAAGGCUUCGAAGAUGGCCCGGCUGCCGGCCUGACCUGUGACGUCCCCUCAGUCACGGUGGCACAGGCGCCGAGACACCUUCCCAGCAGCAGCUCCUGGGACCUGGACAGCUCACGAGAAAGCAGAGGAAGCUUCCAGAAGUCGCUGGAUCAGAUAUUUGAGACCCUGGAAAGUAAAAACCCCAGCUCCGUGGAGGACCUCUUUUCGGACGUCGACAGCUCCUACUAUGACCUUGACACGGUGCUGACGGGCAUGAUGGGCAGCUCCAGGGCCAGCCCCUGUGACACACUCGAGGGCUUCACGCCCCUGACCGCUGCGCCCCCCGGCCCUGGCUGCAAGGCUGACCUGGGCGAGCUCGACCACGUUGUGGAGAUCCUGGUAGAGACCUGAGACGGGGGCCGACCGAGUGUGUGAGCCCACCUCCAGAUCUCCCCCCAGAUACGUUUGCACCCUACUCGAAAUGCCCAGAGCGCUUGGCUCUGUGGGGGGCCUUCUCACCACCCUGCAGCCACUUGGGGUUACAUUAUGAGCAUGUUCUGGAACAGCUUGUCGUCAGCAGGAUCCAGGUGACCACGCCGAUCUGGUCCCUUCUCUCCUGCCGCAGGGCAGAGGCUGGGCACAGUGGGCACCGGGUGUCAUCCUCAGACCUUCUUGAUUUCUGGCCCAGUUGUGGAAUCCCCACCACCUGGGCCCGGCCCCUUCUCCGUCCUGGCUGCAGCCCCCGCAGAGGACAGGGGCCGUGGGCUGCACCCAACCUCAUUAGUUUAGAUAGGUGGAUUUUUUAAAAUUAAGUUUUAUAUGUUUCGGGCGAUAUUUUCUCUUAAGAUAUAUUUUUAAACUUUUUAUACUUGUUAUCUGUUUAGAUUUUUCAGCUAUUUUCUUAAAGGUAUAUCUUGUCUGUGAAUACCCUCUGCUGCUCUCAGAAGCUCUUAGCCUCCGCAGUUGCGGCUGGUGCGCUUCAUUUCCUAAGGUUUAAAGAAGAGGUUUUUACGAGCUCCGUGCCUCCACUCAGUCAGCCGUGUAACCGCAUGGUGUUUUUCGCUUUGAUUUGUGUGCUUCCGUCACGUGUGUCACAGUC